AUGUUGAAACAAGCAUCAAGGAACUCCUUGCGACUGAUCCAAUCAAAGAGAAGUUAUUGUUUACCCUCCUCCUCCGUCCUAAAUGCAUCAACCACAUCAUUCCAAUGCAAUACUAAUCCUCUCAUCAUGACCAGUGCCAUCAUGACGAAUCAAAACACACUCCGAUUUAAUAGUAACAACGCCAAUAAGAAGGAACAACAAGAUCCAGCAGAAGACACCCCUAACAAGGAUCAAUUCAAAGCUCGGGAGAAAUUAAAACGGAAAUGGAUUUAUUGGUUGCAGCGCCUGUUGCUUGGCGUCUUGUUGCUGGUAGCUGCAGGUUAUGCUGUUUCUGUUUUUUUUGGUUUGGCAUUCACCUAUGCAGUGGUGGUUGCUGUUUUUGCCGUGCUCGCUGCACUGUUGGCAGCUUUUAAUUGA